AUGUUGCCCUUAUUCUGGCUACUUCCGUCGGCGCUCGCCGCUCAACCCUCCGCGCCCGAACCCAUCUCCGCUCCGCUGCGCACCCUUGAUUUCGGGCAACUGAAUUUCCUCCAUACGACUGAUACUCAUGGCUGGCUAGCCGGUCAUUUGCAGGAGCCGUCAUAUUCCGCAGACUGGGGUGACUAUGUAUCGUUUGCAACGCGUCUGCGGGAAAAGGCGGAGGCCCAGGGACAAGACCUGUUGGUGAUCGAUACCGGCGACAGAGUUGAAGGCAACGGCUUGUACGACUCGUCCGAGCCCAAAGGCAUCUACCUCUCGGACAUCCUCCGGCAUCAACAUAUCGACUUGUUGACGUCGGGAAACCACGAACUAUACAAGCAGAACACAUCCGAGGCUGAACUCCUCACCACCGUUCCUAAUUUCCGGGGCAACUACCUCGCUUCCAAUAUUGAUAUAUUUCAUCCUACAACCCAUGAGCUUGUACCUCUUGCUCCCCGGUACAAGAAGUUUACUACCAACAAGCAGGGCAUACGUAUUGUAGCUUUUGGCUUCCUCUUUGAUUUUACCGGAAACUACAACAAUACUGUGGUCCAGCCGGUAGAAGAAACCAUCAAAGAAGAUUGGUUCCAAGAGGCUAUCAGGGAUAAAGAGGUCGAUCUGUUCCUCGUGAUCGGUCAUGUGCCCGCCCAUUCGCCAGAGUAUCGUGCGAUCUUCAAAACGAUUCGAGGCAUCCGCUGGGAUACCCCAAUCCAAUUCUUUGGUGGACAUCAACAUGUCCGCGAUUACGCCAAGUACGACGACAAGGCAUAUGCAUUGGCAAGCGGCCGGUUCAUGGAGACUAUAGGCUUCAUGUCCAUUGAUGGCCUUACCACUGGAGGUAAAUCUGGCCUGCUUAAUUCCGGCCCUGUGUUCAAGCGAAGAUACAUUGAUAGCAACCUUUAUUCUUACUAUUACCAUACCGGUCUCGAUCAGGAUACAUUCCCCACAGAGAAGGGCCAGAAUGUUUCCCGUCUGAUUUCCAAGGCACGAAGCGAACUUGAGUUGGACAAGGUCCAUGGCUGUGCUCCUCGUGAGCUCUGGAUGUCACGAGUCAAGUACGACGAUGAAGCCAGCAUUUUCUCAUGGCUUGCGACUCAAGUCAUCCCCGACUCGUUACGAGACGAUUCUCGAGCGGAUGUGCCUGCCCUGGCUAUUGUGAAUACAGGAGCCAUGAGGUUCGACAUCUUCAAGGGUCCUUUCACUCAAGAUUCGACUUUUAUUGUCUCGCCAUUUACGAGUGGUUUCCGCUAUUUGAAGAACGUUCCAUAUGACAAAGCCCAGCUUAUGCUCGAGGUCUUGAACAAACAACCCCAAGUGUUGUACGCAUCGCAAUACGGAAGCGAGUCACUACGUACCACACUCGCACCUCCUGAGCAACUUGCAUACCCAGAGGAUGUGGUAGUCGAGACAUGGCCAUUAUUGUCUGGUCCCAGAUCUGCCCAAAUCCUCAUGUCUGGUGAUAAGCCCUCUGAACCACUUGUGUACGGCUACACGACCAAGGACGAUGCGGGCACGGACGGUGAUGAUACUAUUCAUGCCCCAAUUCCCUUCUAUCGCGUCCCCAAUUGUAUUCAGGCACUUGUAUCUGCCAAUUCGUCCGAGACCCCGGAGAAGGUGGAUCUGGUCUACAUUGAUUUCAUCGAGCGGUAUAUGGUGCUCGCGGCUAACUUUGCUGGUAUUGAUGUUGACUUUGCGAAGGAGAGUGAUGUGUACAUGCCAGGAAUGACCAUGACGAACCUGAUUCUGGACUGGGUGAAGACGCAUUGGAAGUGCGAUGAGUAA